AUCUCUAGCGGGGGUUUCCAAGACUGCUAUGUUGGGGUAGAAUUGGAUAAUGAAGCCACUUUCAUCUGCUUCUGCGCUGGCAGCUGCUCACUUCUGCUUCAUCUUCUUCUUAACAGUAGCUGGAAAAUCCAGAGCUCAAAAUGCCACCACUGACCCUUCUGAAGUGAGAGCAUUGAACUCAAUCUUCCAAAGAUGGGACAUACAGGCACCAGCGAAUUCCUGGAAUAUCAGCGGCGAACCAUGCACCGGAACUGCUGUGAGCCAAGACGAUUCCAAAAAUCCGGCUAUCAAGUGCGAUUGCUCCUUCAAUGGUGCUCGUACCUGUCACAUCACCAGACUGAGAGUGCAAAAACUGGACAGACGAGGGGGGAUGCCGGAGGAGCUUUUGGCUUUCAAAUUCCUAACCCAACU